AACGGUUGGUCCGUUGGUCAGCCAAGAUUACAGAGCAAUAAACAAGAUUACAAGACCGAAUACGUUUCCGUAACAUAACGGUCGGUCCGUUGGUCAACCAAAUCCAUCCUAUCGGACCAGAUGACGAGGUUGCUGUCUCAGACGUUCCGGUCUGUAAAACUUAAAGCAUCCUCAUCAAAACCACCACCACCACAACAACAACAACCAUCCUCAUCCUCAUCAUUGCCCCGAUCAAGAAAAACACGAGCAAAAUCGAGCUCAAAUUCGAAAUCGAGAUCAUGGUCUGUGUAUCUUAUUCUCUCUACCAACCACCCGAUCAAGACUUACGUUGGUGUCACCACCAAUUUCUCUCGCCGCUUGAAACAACAUAAUGGCGAGCUUAAAGGAGGUGCAAAAGCAUCCCGUGCAGGAAGGCCGUGGAUUUGUGCAUGCAUAAUUCGCGGUUUUAAUGACCGAAGUGAAGCUUGCAAGUUUGAAUCAAAAUGGAAAAGCUUUUCAAGGAAAUUUCCUCGAAAAAGGAUAGAUGAUGACCAGAUGAAGCAGAGCAGGAAGGACUCGCACCGACUCCUGCAACAUAGGAAGACUGCCCUCGAUAGGGUUAAAGAGUCAGAGGGAACUUCCAAGCAUAAGGAUCCAGAAAUUGGAGUAUGUCAGUGUGCAUGAAGUUACUGGAAAGGUAAUUAGCUAAUGGCAUGUCUCAGUUACUAUCCUGUGCAGACAAGCUGUCUAUCUGAGUCCCAUCUGCCUCAAAGUUGUCAGUUUGUUGCAUCCUUCUAUCGCCAGCAGCUAAACUGCUCAAGUGCUUCCAAUGACCAUACAACUCCUUCACUGCAGCAAGCCAGCCUGAAACUCCUAAACAAUGUGAAGGAGGCAAGGGAGGAGAGAUUAGUCAUACGUCUGAGAAUCAUCUGAUUACACUUCUAUGUGAAGUUUAUGAAAAGACGGAGAGGGGAUAGUCUUAUUCGAAUCUCUUAACUGUGGACAAGCAGAAAUGUAAAGAUCUUCGGACAAGUUUUCUAACAAAAGCUUAUGGAGACAAGAAAAACUUAUCACGAGAAGUCCAGACUUCUCAAUCCAACACGUUCCUGAACGGUAGAGUUUCUAGAGAUUGGAAAGGCUUGAAAGGAGAACCAGGCCCAUAAAACUUAUUACCCACAGAUAGAACUCUAUCUGCGCCUCUAUGAUCAAGUGUCUGAGUGUGGAUAAUUGACGCAGUGAAUGGAAACAAUGUGCAUUAUCUACAACAACGGAUAUCCAGCCUUAUUAGACUUGGGAUCGAUUACCAGUACAAGAUGGUAAUUCUAUACCACCAUAUAACGCAAGUGUGAGCUUUUACAGAUUUUAAGAGUUUGCAACAAUAAGAUGAUAAGAUUUUCUUCCUUUUA